AUGAAAAUUGACCAGUGCCGAUUGGCGAUCGAAGGCAUGACUUGCCAUUCGUGCGAAGAACACAUAAAAAGGGUGAUCUUAGCGAGACUUCCUGCUGUCGUGGAUGUUCAGGUCAGCGUCGCGACGCACUCUGCAACGGUCAAGUAUGACGAGGAUCGCUGCACGGCCUCAGACAUCGCCGACGUCAUCAGGGAUAUCGGUUAUGAGGCGGAUGUACUCUCGCAGUUCGAUGCGUUAGACGAAAAGGAGAGCAGGUAUUCAUCCGUGAAAUCAGACGAAUAUGCACACAGCAGCGACCGAUCAGCAGUUGGAUUAGGUGAUAGUUCAGCAUAUUUCGAGCCAAGGCGGCAGAAGACUGAGAAAGAUGAGAAAUGCUCGAUAGCGAUUCAGGGAAUGAUGUGCGUAUCUUGCGUGUCGAAGGUGGAACAGAUGGUCAAGAAGAUCGUCGGUGUAUCCAAGGUGUCCGUUUCUUUAAUGUCUGCGAAGGCCGAGGUGAUCUAUGAUCUGAAUUUAACGGAUCCGGAAUAUGUCGCCAGCAAAAUCACAGCCAUGGGUUUUCCGGCUGAGGUAAUCCAGCAACGCGCCACCACUGAUGUUGAAAAGCUAGAGCUGGUGAUCAGCGGCAUGUCGUGUACGUCGUGUGUGCAUCGUAUAGAGACCGCAGUUCGCGCAUUGCGCGGCGUUUCGUCCGUGUCCGUAUCGUUCGCCACGUCUUUGGGCACUAUUAUGUUCAAUUCUGACCACAUUGGCGCCAGAAGCAUCAUCGAAGCGAUCGAGCGUCAUCAUAAUUUUAAACAUAUUCUUAACCUUGAUAUCGAUUGUUUUAGAUGGCGAAACUCUUUUCUGAUUUCUUUGGUGUUCGCGCUACCCGUUGUUGCCAUCAUGAUUUAUUAUCAUUGGAUCCAAGGCACUCCAAUGCAUCCCGAAAAACAGUACCUUUUGUUUCCCGGCGUUUCGAUGGACAAUCUGCUUCUUUUUCUUCUCUGUACACCUGUGCAGUUCAUUGGCGGAUGGUAUUUCUACGUUCAGUCAUACAAAGCUCUUAGACACUGUUCUACCAAUAUGGACGUAUUGGUCGUAUUGGCAACGACGAUCGCCUAUGUCUAUUCAUUGGUCAUUUUGGUACUAGCUGCUAGUUUACGUUGGUCAGCGAGCCCUAUGACAUUUUUCGACGUGCCGCCGAUGCUUGUUCUUUUCAUUACUCUCGGCAGGUGGUUGGAGAACAUCGCUAAGCGUAAAACAUCAGAGGCGCUAAGUCUCUUGGCCUCUUUGCAGGAGAAGGACGCGAUCUUGAUUCAGCUCGGUGCUCAUAACGAAAUUCUCUUCGAACAGAACGUAGAUUCUGUCCUCCUUCAGCGAUCGAAAGUAAUCGCUGGGUCGCUGAACAUGAAUGGAACGGUUAUAAUUGAAGCAACUCACGUUGGCCAAGAAUCAACGCUGUCACAAAUCGUUCGUCUUGUCGAAGAGGCACAGACUUCGAAGGCCCCAAUUCAGCAGGUAGCAGAUAAAAUAGCCGGCUAUUUUGUACCAGGGGUAAUCGUCGUAUCGACGGUGACUUGGUUUGUCUGGGUUUUGGUUGGAUUCUACCAUAUCGAAAGCAUCCGUCUACAUGUUAUGGGAUAUAAAUAUACGAUAUCGCAAAACGGUUCUUUGAGCAGCGAAGAUUACAAGCUGAUAUUCAAAAAUGCUUUCGAAUAUGCGAUGACGGUAUUGGCGAUAGCGUGUCCUUGCGCCCUUGGUCUUGCAACACCGACGGCAGUAAUGGUAGGGACAGGCGUCGGCGCUGCAAACGGUAUUUUGAUUAAGGGUGGAGAGCCACUGGAGGCUGCACAUAAAAUUACCACGGUGGUUUUUGACAAAACUGGCACCAUCACGAAGGGCAUGCCUCAACUGUACAAAAUAUGCAUCUUUUCUUCCCUGAAACAUUGUCCACUGUCAAACUUCCUAGCUAUAGUUGGAACUGCCGAAGUCAACUCAGAACACCCGAUUGGGUCAGCAAUCACUGCGUACGUUAAGCAGGUGGCCGGUUUCGUUUCGAUCGCUGACACUGUGAAACCAGAAGCGCUGUUGGCCGUUUAUUCCCUGCAAGCGAUGGGCUUGAAAGUGAUUCUGUUGUCAGGUGACAACGUGCGCACGGCGACCGCUGUCGCCAGGCAGGUUGGCAUCAAAACCGUAUUUGCCGAAGUGCUUCCGGAGCAAAAGAUGCGGAAAGUGGAACAGCUUCAAAAAUGUGGCGAGAUGAACAACCUCCUAGAUGUAGUGGCGGCAGUGGACCUGUCGAAGAAGACUACACGGCGAAUUCGGUUCAAUUUUCUCUUCGCAUCGAUUUAUAACCUUCUCGGCAUUCCAAUUGCUGCUGGCGUCCUGAGUCCAUUGGGCAUUUCGAUUCAGCCGUGGAUGGCUGCGGCAUUUAUGGCUUUGUCUUCAGUCAGUGUGCUGACUUCGUCGUUGUUGUUAAAGCUGUACCGAAAGCCAAGCUACAGAAAGAUGAACAACGCUGGCUUUCGUAAAUACGUAUCUACCUUAGACUCAGUGUCUGAUCGAGACGUUGAAGUUCACAUCGGAUUACAGGAAUAUCGGCAUCGUAGAAGAAUUCGCGGGAUUGAAAAUCCCACAGUUUAA